GCAUGAUGAACUGGUGCUGCUUGGGGGUGAUCUCCAAGGAGCACAUCCCAUUUCUUCUCCGAGAUCAUCCUACCAUCACCUGUCCAAUCUUCCGUUCGCAGGCGCAUCCUUCCCUACAAGGCGGAGGCCUCGAAAUCACCCGCAACGGCAGAUUCUGUAUAACAUCAUAUCUUGUUUUGUAACCAUGUCCUAUCUUGUCGAUGAUGCCUCAUCUGCCUUCUGUGAAAAUGAGGACAUUGUAACACAGACAUCCUAUGUGAGUCAUACGAGGUUCUUGAGAACUGAGCCGAGUCUUGGAGACUUGAGUCGACAUGAGAGUUGUCGAUGAGAAUUCAGGUCUCGUCUGCAAAUGCUUAUCGAAACCGCG